AUGUCGCAAUAUAAAUCGAAAAAUAACCAAGAUACUAACCCAAGUCACUAUGAAAAGAAAUUGGCUCCCGAUAAAGUUGACAAUGUGACUCUUGACUUUUCACGAAUAAAUAAUCGUUGUUUAAUGAUUGUAAGCUUGAACGAUGGUACAAAGUUCGAUUUUCCUGUACCUACUACACAAGAAAUAAAAGAUCGUUUCUUUAAUAAGAAAUCCAAAACGCAACCUAAUAAGCCUGCACGACCUCCCAAUAAAUUUAUCAUCUUUCGUACUAUGCUUCUAGCGGCUAUCAAUUCCUCAAAGCUUCAGGUUCCCACCGUGUCCGGCCUUGCAAACGAAGUUUGGAAAAAAUGCAAUCUGGAAAUUGACGAAUUAUUUACCGAACUUUCACAAAUAGCAAAAUUUGAACACGGUGAACUUAAUCCGGGUUAUAUUUAUAAACCAAAUCGAAGUAAAUCUCGUAUUACAAAGAAUAAAACUAACACACUUCAAAAAAAAGCUUAUCAAAAUCUAAAUAAUUCGUUUAAUCCUGCUUUAAAUAAUUUACCUUCAUCUUCUUCACCAACUACUCCAGCAUGGACGACUAUGUAUUCAGAAUUGAAUUAUUUUUAUCCUCAAGUCCAUUUAAGAAUUCCUUCGCAAGAAAAAUUCCAUUCUGAUGGAAAUUCGUAUACAAUAGAUGAUUCGAUUACAACAACACAAAAUAUCCAAGCAAUUCCGUCAUACAACACUCACUUCAACUCUCUUGAAACCAUGAUUAAUGAUUCUUAUCAAUACCCUACCAACAAAAUGUAUUAUCCAAAUAAUGACUUAUCAAUGGAUCAAUUUGACACAUACAAUACUUCUUACGAUCAUGAUGUUAAUGCAUUGAUUCAAUCACAUCGUUCUAUGUAUUACUUUCCAACUACAAUUGGCUACAUAGAUAAUGAUUACAAUAAAUAUAUUUUCAAUUCACCUACCAGCGAGAGCGAUCUAUCAUCAUCAGAUGUAUCAUCUUUUCAUGUGGAACAAAUGCAAGAAUCUGGUUGCAUCUAUUAUUCUCCUGAUCAUUAUGCGACCUUUUCUACUAUUGUGUAA